AUGAGCGUCCAUUCCCUUGAUUAUGCGCAGCCACAUACCAUGCGACUCGAACCCCUUCCAAACCUAGACCUCGAAGCCGGCGACCAAUCGCCUUCCUCCCCAUUCACACAAAUUCCUCCCAUAGGAAAAGAUGCAAGAGAGGGAUCCAUCGUGGACGUGUCCGCGACAACUGCGACCCGAGUCAAUUCCACCGACACAGCGAGACGUCGCAUGCGACGAUCCAACACAGCGCGUUCAUAUCGCCCAGAAGGCUUUGCGCCCGACUCAACAUGGCAACCGGGAACAGAACCUGGUAUCGAUCCAACAAAACCCCUACCACCAUACACCUCAGAAUGGACUUCCAAUGCGCCCGUAAACCUACACCAAGAGUGCGAGAUCACUGUGGUGGACUUUUCGCAGCACGAGAUGCGACAAUAUGGACUGGAUAAUAAAACACUAGAACCGUUUCUGUCCCGGGAGCGAGAGCCAUGGGUACAAUGUCGUUGGAUUAAUGUGAACGGAUUAAGUUGGGAUGUGAUCAAGAUUCUCGGAAACCACAAGAAACUGCAUAGACUGGCGAUCGAAGAUCUGAUUCAUACCACGAAUCGGACAAAGGCCGACUGGUAUUCCGAUCAUGCAUUUGUUGUUUUGACGUUGCAGAAGCUGGUUAAACUCCAGCAGGAAGAUAAAAGUGACUCCGAGGAUGAUGAAGUCCCUGUUGGUAAGUUCAGAGAAAGGAGUUCAUCUAUCGCAAGUGAUAAAAGCUCAAUAUCUAUUAAACGAGCCACCAAGCGACGGGUCAUUCUGGAUGCGCUCAAGGAUAUCUUCCGGUCUAAACGACCACCAAGCCGGCAUGGCAAAGACAAAGCCACAGUAGGGGCUAGUGUUCGCCCUGGACCUCGCAGACCAUCUUCCAAGCAUACGUCUCAGUUCGGUGAUCUGUCUGUAACAAAAGGUGCCACCGCGCGAACCCUACAACGUUAUCGGGGAGGUCCGAACGAGGGCCGAAUCGAGUUCAUGGAACGUCACGCUGUGCUGGCUGCGAAGAAUCUAUGUGUGACCUUAGAACAGGUCUCGAUCUUCCUACAUGCCGACAACACAGUGACAUCAUUUUUUGAAACAAGUGCCGAUGAUAUAGAAGCUCCGAUUGUACGGCGUCUCAGCUCACCGGAGACGAUCUUGCGACAGUCAUGCGAUGCCAGUAUGCUGCUACAAGCUAUCAUCGAUGCCAUUAUCGAUCUCGCGAUUCCAGUAACCAUGGCCUAUCAAGACGCUAUAGGUGACCUGGAGCUUGAGGUUUUGACUGACCCAGAUAUCGACCAAUCAAAGAGUCUGUACAUCCUCACUUCUGAAAUUGCCGUGCUCCGCAAUUCUAUGCAGCCUAUCGUUGCUGUAAUCAAUGCACUUCGUGAUCAUCGGUCCCAGCCCGUUGGCACACCUGGACUCGGGAUUAUGCGUCAAAGUACUAGUACUCAAUCUACAAUGAUGGGUGAGGAUUCGUCGGAUUCUCAGGAUCAAUUGGAAGUUGCGCCUCCAAACCUCAAGAGCUCGAUGGGCUCAAGUGUGACGAUAAGCUCCAUGUGCCAUACUUACCUCGGAGAUGUAUUGGAUCAUUGUAUUACUAUUGUUGAAGGCUACGAUCAAAUGAGACGAGCUGCAGACAACAUGAUUGACCUAAUCUUUAAUACCAUCGGUGCCUACCAAAAUGAGAGUAUGAAGCAACUGACAAUAGUCACUUGUCUUUAUCUCCCAAUGACCUUCUUGACUGGCUAUUUUGGAAUGAAUUUCAAUGACUUUGCUGGUAUUAACAACAGCGAUUCCUACUUUUGGAAGAUCGCAAUUCCUUUCGUCUUUGUUACAACUUGCUUGCUGAUGCGAGACAAGAUCCAACGUUACGCCGUCAUGCUUGCCCAGAAGCGGCUUAUCACGAGCUCCAAAAAGCAACGCCAGGAGCACAGUGUGCGGUAA